UCAUCUUUUUAUUUUAUAUUUGUUCGUGAAAAAAAAAACGAGAGAAGAAAAAAGAGAACGGCGAAGAAGCGGGUGGAGCAAAGUCAAUCUCUGGAAGAACAAGAACACGAACCUUACCUUACCUGUCGAUUUCACACCAAUUCUUACCACCACCAUAUCCUCCGCGUAAUUUUUCAUCUCCAAAUCUCUCUCUCCCGCUUCCACCGAUUGUUUCAGAUCCUGAUCCUGGUCCGCCGUCGUUCAAGGAUAAUGGAGGCAGCUGCUGGAGGCGGAGGCGCCGGCGGUGCUGGUCCGGCGCCGUUUCUCAUAAAGACAUACGACAUGGUGGACGACUCGGCCACGGACUCGAUCGUAUCCUGGACCUCUUCGAACAAGAGCUUCGUGGUCUGGAAUCCUCCUGAAUUCGCUCGCCUUCUUCUUCCUACGUAUUUCAAGCAUAAUAACUUCUCCAGCUUCAUUCGGCAGCUUAAUACCUAUGGGUUUCGGAAGAUUGAUUCUGAGAGAUGGGAAUUUGCUAACGAAGACUUCAUAAAGGAUCAAAAGCAUCUACUAAAGAACAUCCAUCGUCGGAAACCAAUUCAUAGUCACAGUAAUCCUCAAGGAUCUCUUGUAGAUCCAGAAAGAGCUGCUUUUGAAGAUGAAAUAGAGAGGCUAUCACGUGAAAAGGCUACACUUGAAGCUAAUAUCUCAAGGUUCAAACAGCAAAAAUCCACUGCUAAACAUCAGGUGCGAGAUCUAACGGUGAAGGUGGAAAGCAUGGAAAAAAGGCAGAAGAGUUUAUUGGCAUUUCUAGAAAAGGCUGUUCAAAACCCAUCUUUUGUUGAACAUCUUGCUCGAAGAGUCGAGUCUAUGGACUUCACAGCAUUUAACAAAAAGAGACGACUGCCUCAAGCUGAUCAUCCACAGCCACUCAUUGAAAAUAGUUUUUUGGACAACCAUAGCAGUUCCAGGUCUGAGUCUGGCAAUAUUUUUCAUCAGGAUUUCUCACAUAAGCUGAGGUUAGAAUCAUCAACCGUCUCGGAUGUUAACUUAAUUUCAUGUAGCACCCAGAGUUCAAACGAAGAAGGGGGAAGUUCACAAAGAAAUAUGUCAAAAAUAGAUACUAGAGGCGUCCAAGAGAAUCUUCAUUUUGCAACCGAAACAUUAGAUCUCUCAGACACUGGGACAUCAUUUAUAUUGAAGAGGGAUUCAUCUUUGUCAGGGAAAUCGCCUAACGACGAGAGCCCACGUCUGUCGCAACCAAGUGCUAGUUCCAAAGAAGAUGGAGAAAGUCACAUUUCCUGUCAUUUAAAUCUCACUCUUGCAUCUUCUUCCCUGCGCGUCAACGACACUGCUUGUUCAGUUAGAAUGCCACAACUGGGUCAGACUGCUCGAAAGUCUCCAGAUUCAAAUGGAAAAGAAGCAGACAUGAGACUCUUCACUAAGAACAUAAAUCUUGAUGAAAGAACAACGCCAUUUUGUCCCCAAGAGAACCUAAGUAACCAUCAUGGGCCCUCAGCCGCAGCCGCAGCCGCUCCUGUUAGAGCCAAUGAUUUCUUCUGGGAACAGUUUCUUACUGAAAGACCAGGUUGUCCUGAAAGUGAAGAGGCAAGUUCUAAUUACAGGGCAACUUUAUACAAGGAGCCUGAUGAUGGGAGAUCGGGCCUGUCUCUUUAACUAGAGAGGUAAUUCCAAAUCAUUUCGAGACACUUUACAUAGGUUUCUCUGGUUCUAUCAUUCACAAUGAUUUCGACAUUCAAUUAUACAAUAAGUGAAUUCUAACAUAGGAUUUUGCAAUUACUUCUUAUGGUUACUCUUUGAUUUGUUAAUUGGAGUUACUCGUAUUUUGUCGCGACGAGUUCGUCGUGGUACAGCAACAAUGUAUAUUGUUGUUCUAGGUAAAUCUACAACUUAUUGUUGUAUACCCUAGCUUAGAGUUGUCUGCACCACAACUUACCAUGAGUACUUACAUCUGUAAAUGGAUGGAAAUUUUGCUAAUACUCACACAUGUGUUCUA